GCUCCCGGGCUUUCGACAAGCAGCCCUGCAACGCAGGUCCGUCAUCUUCAGCAGAAAGCUCUCUCACGUCCUGGCCCGCAAGCCCGGAGGGUUCGUCAUAAACACACAAGGCAAGGAUAGAAGCGAGGCCAAGAGGCAGGUCACGCAACUGUCAAACGAAGCCCACCCACCGACUGACAAGUCCCCAAGGCGACAAGCGAUCCCCGCGCGGGAUACUCACCCGUUACCUCAGGAUCGCGACUACAACUCCCAGGAGGCCGGGCGAGCGACGAACCAACGCCCUUCCCAGAAUGCAGCACAGCGGCAUCCCUAUCCCGCCCUCUCCUUACUGCGCUCCUCCUACUUUUCUACCCCUCGUCAUCCGGGAGAGCCGGAGGGGGCUAAGUUCGGGUGGCAGCACCGGGCGCAACGCAGGGGUCCCGGCGACGGCGGCGGCGGCGGCGGCUGACGGCUGGAAGGGUAGGCUUCCUUCACCGCUCGUCCUCCUUCCCCGCUCCGCUCGGUGUCAGGCGCGGCGGCGGCGCGGCGAGCGGACUUCGUCCCUCCUCCUGCUCCCCCCCACAGCGGAGCUGGCACUCUUCGCUUCGCCAUCCCCCGACCCUUCACCCCGAGGACUGGGCGCCUCCUCCGGCGCAGUUGAGGGAGCGGGGGCCGGUCUCCUGCUCGGCUGUCGCGCCUCCAUGUCGGAUAAUCAGAGCUGGAACUCGUCGGGCUCGGAGGAGGAUCCAGAGACGGAAUCUGGGCCGCCUGUGGAGCGCUGCGGGGUCCUCAGUAAGUGGACAAACUACAUUCAUGGGUGGCAGGAUCGUUGGGUAGUUUUGAAAAAUAAUGCUCUGAGUUACUACAAAUCUGAAGACGAAACAGAGUAUGGCUGCAGGGGAUCCAUCUGUCUUAGCAAGGCUGUCAUCACACCUCAUGAUUUUGAUGAAUGUCGAUUUGAUAUUAGUGUAAAUGAUAGUGUUUGGUAUCUUCGUGCUCAGGAUCCAGAUCAUAGACAGCAAUGGAUAGAUGCCAUUGAACAGCACAAGACUGAAUCUGGAUAUGGAUCUGAAUCCAGCUUGCGUCGACAUGGCUCAAUGGUGUCCCUGGUGUCUGGAGCAAGUGGCUACUCUGCAACAUCCACCUCUUCAUUCAAGAAAGGCCACAGUUUACGUGAGAAGUUGGCUGAAAUGGAAACAUUUAGAGACAUCUUAUGUAGACAAGUUGACACGCUACAGAAGUACUUUGAUGCCUGUGCUGAUGCUGUCUCUAAGGAUGAACUUCAAAGGGAUAAAGUGGUAGAAGAUGAUGAAGAUGACUUUCCUACAACGCGUUCUGAUGGCGACUUCUUGCAUAAUACCAACGGCAAUAAAGAAAAGUUAUUUCCACAUGUGACACCAAAAGGAAUUAAUGGUAUAGACUUUAAAGGGGAAGCGAUAACUUUUAAAGCAACUACUGCCGGAAUCCUUGCAACACUUUCUCAUUGUAUUGAACUAAUGGUUAAACGUGAGGACAGCUGGCAGAAGAGACUGGAUAAGGAAACUGAGAAGAAAAGAAGAACAGAGGAAGCAUAUAAAAAUGCAAUGACAGAACUUAAGAAAAAAUCCCACUUUGGAGGACCAGAUUAUGAAGAAGGCCCUAACAGUCUGAUUAAUGAAGAAGAGUUCUUUGAUGCUGUUGAAGCUGCUCUUGACAGACAAGAUAAAAUAGAAGAACAGUCACAGAGUGAAAAGGUGAGAUUACAUUGGCCUACAUCCUUGCCAUCUGGAGAUGCCUUUUCUUCUGUGGGGACACAUAGAUUUGUCCAAAAGCCCUAUAGUCGCUCUUCCUCCAUGUCUUCCAUUGAUCUAGUCAGUGCCUCUGAUGAUGUUCACAGAUUCAGCUCCCAGGUUGAAGAGAUGGUGCAGAACCACAUGACUUACUCAUUACAGGAUGUAGGCGGAGAUGCCAAUUGGCAGUUGGUUGUAGAAGAAGGAGAAAUGAAGGUAUACAGAAGAGAAGUAGAAGAAAAUGGGAUUGUUCUGGAUCCUUUAAAAGCUACCCACGCAGUUAAAGGCGUCACAGGACAUGAGGUCUGCAAUUAUUUCUGGAAUGUUGACGUUCGCAAUGACUGGGAAACAACUAUAGAAAACUUUCAUGUGGUGGAAACAUUAGCUGAUAAUGCAAUCAUCAUUUAUCAAACACACAAGAGGGUGUGGCCUGCUUCUCAGCGAGAUGUAUUAUAUCUUUCUGCCAUUCGAAAGAUAUCAGCCUUGACUGAAAAUGACCCUGAAACUUGGAUAGUUUGUAAUUUUUCUGUGGAUCAUGACAGUGCUCCUCUAAACAACCGAUGUGUCCGUGCCAAAAUAAAUGUUGCUAUGAUUUGUCAAACCUUGGUAAGCCCACCAGAGGGAAACCAGGAAAUUAGCAGGGAUAACAUUCUAUGCAAGAUUACAUAUGUAGCUAAUGUGAACCCUGGAGGAUGGGCACCAGCCUCAGUGUUAAGGGCAGUGGCAAAGCGAGAGUAUCCUAAAUUUCUAAAACGUUUUACUUCUUACGUCCAAGAAAAAACUGCAGGAAAGCCUAUUUUGUUCUAGUAUUAACAGUGACUGAAGCAAGGCUGUGUGACAUUCCAUGUUGGAGAAAAAAAGAAAAAAAAAAAAGCUGAAUGCUCUAAGCUGGAACGUAGGAUCUAUAGCCUUGUCUGUGGCCCAAGACCUUGGCCUUGUGUACAAAAAUGACAAAAUAUUGCAAUAGCAAAGCUGAACAUCUAACACUAGCUAUCUCCUGCUAGAUCUCCUUGCUCAGCAUAUAACUAUAAAUACAUGUAAAAUUACAUGUAUAUGGCUAUAUUUUUAUUUGCUUGCUCCUAGAAGAGAAAAAAAAAAUCAACUUUGAAUCACAACUAGGAAUUGAUGCUUUAAUUUUUGGAUACUUUUUCAGAAUUUUUAAUUUACUAUGGUCCGGCCUAAGAUCCUCUGUUGUAUCAGGUUUUGUGCACAAAAGAAAAGCACAAAAGUUGAACGCACAUGGGGCAUGUGCUUUCUGUGCAGCAAAUAAUCUGGAUGAGGUUCUUUUUUCAGGCCUACAGUCAAAUCUGUGUCCAGAAUUUUUUGACUUUUUUGCUUUGUAUAAUCAUAGAAUUCGUUGCUGCUGAUUUCUAUAAUGAUUCAUGUUGUUGUGUGUGUCUUAAUAACUGAGGGCUGUCAAUAACCUGUGAUUUUGCCUUUUCUAUAGUCUUACUCCCAUGAAGAACCUUGGUUCUGAUGGAGAAAGUGAAAAGCUUUAUUUCUUCCCCCAGAUAUCUUUAUAUUUCUAUUAUAUUUUUUAGUUGUGUACUGUGUGCUAGACAUUUUUUUCAGUUUAUUACAAACACAAUUUGGUAAUCCCUAAAUUGGUUCUGCCUGUCUCCAAACAGAAAUAUCUGUACAAAUCUUGUUGGUAUAGACUACUUUCUGGAAAAUGGUCAAGAUAAAUUCAUGUUUUCUUUAAAUUUCUAAGGUAGUAUAUGGUAUAACUUGUUUAAAGCAAAUCAGACUGAGUUUGACAUUUAAUUCAAUAUUUCUGGCAUUCAGUAACGGGUAUAUAUGUUUGUUCUUCCAGUUUGGGUCAGUUUAAAAGAUAGGUUGCAAAGUAUACAUGGAAAAUGUGAGCAAUGCCUCUCUGCCUCUUGAUCAGAAACUUCAGCAGAGCAGUAAAGAUUCCACAUGAUUCAAACUGAAAUGCAUUUCUUUGUUGCUAUAUGAACUUAAAAUGUAAAAUACCUUUUUCAGUUUAAGUCUUGUGAACAACAUUGAAGCAUGGAGAUGAGGCAAGGAAUAGUGCUCACUGAAGUUGAAAUGACUGCCCACUUCAAAAUCUUCAUUGUGUUUACACACCAGUGUAUUUAUACAAAUCAGAGGCAUUUUGUAGAUGCUUCGCUGACUUGUUCAGCUCUGUAAAAACACAGAAAUCGGACCCAUUUUGUAAAGCAGAAAGUCAUGUCACAUGGAACAUGUCCUGUAUAUAUCACCUACAUGGUAAUGGAGUCUUAAUGAUAAGUGCAAGAUAAUAAUUUAAUGAUGGGAUUAGUCUGAUCGCUUAAUAUGCACAAUCCUGGAAGUGAAUUACUUGCAUCAGAUAUAGUGAUAUUUAUUAUUCUGUACAGAGAGAAAAAUACAUAUAAAACAUAUGCUUACAUUACAUGCACGCAGAUUUCACGCUCCAUAAUCUUUUCUAUUUUUUAAUUUACCUUUCUGUAAAUGAUGUGCAUGGAAUAUGCCUUAUAGAAAAAUGCUGUUCAUAAUUUGACUACGUGGAAAAGUGCCUAUAUGGUGGUAAUGCUAGUAAGGCAAAUAAGACAAAUUAUCAUGUUGGUUUACUACAUCACCAGUUAACAUUUUAUAUUGUGAUGUUUAAAAAAGAAAAGUUUAUACCUCAAAUGUGUAUUUUAUUUUACAAUCAGCUGUGGGUUAUGGGGUUGGGAUGGGAGAAUGGGAGGGUUGGGGAGGGCAGGUUUAUUCACCAUAGCCACUGAUAAGAAUCUUCAAAAAAAUUCUGUAUGCUCACUAUAAAUGUUUCUCUGUUUGCCAUUUCUGGUAACUGUCAUGAACACAGACAGUUAACUCUUUCAUUACUAAAUUGGAUAGCUUUAUUUUACAGAAGUAUGGAAAGUUUACAAAGCAAUAUCUAAAUCUAAUUAUCACUAGUUGCAUUUGGACUAAAUGUGAUGAUAUACUUUUGCAAUUCAUUCUGUAAAUAAAAUGAUUACACUAAAAUAUUUGUAUUAAGAGAAGAAAAGAUAACAUUUUACCUUUAGAUAACUGCACUUUUACUUCACUAGAGUUAAUUCCACCCAAUCAGAUUGAGAAAUAAAUUGGUGAAUAUGGAAAGAGUCCAAAAGAGGUCAGAAUUUGGAGAGGUACUGGCCUUCUGGACAACAUUUAGAUCCUCUAGAAUUAUUUUCAUUAAGCUGAUUCAUACAUCCUGAAUAUUCAUGUUUUCUCAUCUACAGAUAAUUUGUCUUCCUCCAAACCAAAAGAAAAAACUACCCUUUACUCUCUUUUCUACUCAGUUUAUCUUUUGUGCUAUGUUAGAAACUUGAAAUCUAUUGGUGAUGUGGGGUUUUAUCCCUGACUGCCACUGCACAGGACAAGAGAGCACAGUGUUUCCGUUGGAAUUCAGGACUCCUGGUUUUGAGGUAGAGGAUGAUCACUGCAGUACUUGGUUUGGUAUUGCCACAGGGGUAACUAAACCAAAGGAGGGUUAUAUCUGCAAGGGAGGUGUAAGAAGGCAAAAUAAGGAAAAGGAGGAAUGGGUUUUCUCUUUGUUCAGUUUCAUCAACUAAUUUAUACACCUAAUACAACGUCAGUGUCAAUUGCUAUUAAGAAAUUUUUAGUUGGGCUGAGCUGGUUCUCUUGUGAAAUUGUGCUGGUUAUCUUUAAGCUUAUCAGUUAUUUGUCCAAUUAAACACUUUUCACCAGUAUUUAGUCCGAGUUGUACAGACGAUGUAUUUGGAUUUUGUCAUGGUUCAUCUACAGACUCAAAACAUAAUCAUUUUAAAGUACCUUGGGAGUGUGUAGAGUAACUUCUAUAAUAGCUUUAUGAUCCUGAUGAUGUUUUUUAAACAUAAUAAAGUUGGAUCUUCCAUGUUACAAUCACAAAAUUAAAACCAGUAUUUAAAGUGGAAAAGUAUUAAAAUAUUAUGGACAAAUA